UUGUCUGAUACAACCUGAACUGAGUUUGAGGAGUCUGAGUCCAACUCUAACACCCGCAAUCCCAGUUCUUGGCAGCUCAUUCACUCCACUAUCCACCACAAAUCAACAAACGAAUUCCCAAAUGUUUAGCUCUUUCAGUUACAGACUCAGUCUCAGGCUCUCAGCCUUACCCACUUUACCAACAACACUAACUCAACACACUCACACUCUCUCACUCUCCCAUUUUUCAUCAUUCCCCAAAACAUUCAUUCCCCCACCAUGUCCUCUUCCUCACGCAAACUCCUCACCACACUCCUCCGCUCCGCUCCUCUCCGCCGCCCCACCACCACCGCCACAAGACUCCCACCGAGAUCCCCACUCGCGCGCCCCGCCGGCUACCUCCUCCCACGCGCCGCCGCGCAUUACUCCACAGCCACUCCUUCAAAGCCGCCGCCGUCUCCGUCGUCUCCCCCGUCCCCCGCCGCCGAUGGCUCGCCUGCUCCCUCCGGAAAGAUCACCGAUGAGCACACAGGAAAGGGCGCGGUCGGAAAGGUGUGCCAGGUCAUCGGAGCCGUCGUGGACGUCCGAUUCGAAGCCGGACUGCCGCCGAUUCUGACGGCUCUGGAGUUGCUGAACAAUCCGAUCAGGGUUGUGCUGGAGGUGGCUCAGCAUUUGGGUGAGAACAUGGUGCGAUGCAUUGCUAUGGACGGCACUGAAGGUGUCGUUAGAGGUCAGCCAGUCCUCAACACUGGCGCUCCCAUCACCGUGCCGGUUGGGAGGGCUACACUUGGCCGCAUCAUUAAUGUCAUUGGAGAGGCCAUCGAUCAGAGAGGCGAUAUAAAAACGGAUCACUAUCUGCCGAUCCAUAGAGAAGCGCCCGCCUUUGUUGAGCAGGCGACCGAGCAACAGAUUCUUGUUACUGGAAUUAAGGUUGUUGAUCUCCUUGCACCUUACCAAAGAGGUGGAAAGAUUGGGCUCUUUGGUGGCGCGGGUGUUGGCAAGACUGUGCUCAUUAUGGAACUCAUUAACAAUGUUGCUAAGGCUCAUGGUGGUUUCUCUGUAUUUGCUGGUGUUGGAGAGCGUACUCGUGAGGGUAAUGACUUGUACAAAGAAAUGAUUGAAAGUGGUGUUAUUAAGCUUGAAAAUCAGGAUGAAAGCAAGUGUGCUCUUGUGUAUGGUCAAAUGAAUGAGCCUCCUGGUGCUCGUGCUCGUGUUGGACUUACAGGGCUGACUGUCGCUGAGCAUUUCCGAGAUGCUGAGGGUCAAGAUGUGCUUCUCUUCAUUGAUAACAUUUUCCGCUUCACCCAAGCUAACUCGGAGGUGUCUGCUUUGCUUGGCCGUAUACCAUCUGCUGUUGGUUACCAACCUACCUUGGCUACAGAUCUUGGAGAACUUCAAGAGCGUAUUACCACUACCAAGAAGGGUUCAAUCACAUCUGUUCAGGCUAUUUAUGUCCCUGCUGAUGACUUGACAGAUCCGGCUCCCGCAACCACUUUUGCCCAUCUUGAUGCCACAACAGUGCUGUCCCGGCAGAUUUCUGAGCUUGGUAUCUAUCCUGCUGUCGACCCCUUGGAUUCUACAUCUCGCAUGCUCUCUCCUCGUAUUUUGGGUGAAGAACACUAUAAUACUGCUCGUGGUGUUCAGAAAGUUCUCCAGGACUAUAAGAAUCUUCAAGACAUUAUUGCCAUUUUGGGAAUGGAUGAGCUCAGUGAAGAUGACAAGUUGACAGUUGCUCGUGCUCGUAAGAUCCAGAGGUUCUUGAGCCAGCCUUUCCAUGUCGCAGAAGUCUUCACUGGAGCCCCAGGAAAAUAUGUUGAGCUGAAAGAGAGCAUUAACAGCUUCCAGGGAGUCAUUGAUGGAACCUAUGAUGAUCUUUCUGAGCAGUCAUUUUACAUGGUUGGUGGAAUUGAAGAUGUCAUUGCAAAGGCAGAGAAGAUUGCCAAGGAGUCUGCUGCUUAGUCACUUAAGCUGGCUUCUUUGUUCUUUCCCCAUUAUUAAGAAAUUAUUAAUUCUUUUGCUUUUCCAAUUCCACCCUCAUCUCAAGUUGCACGCAAUUGUUUAAAGCACUAAAUUUUGGAAGAAUUGUAUUAGGUAGAGAUAUGAGUUAAGGGCUUGUUCUUUGUACCUUUCGUGUAAUAAGAAAUGGAUUCGCAUGUUUGUAUUAAUCAGCACACUUUCAUUUCCAGAUGCAGGCAUGCUGCUAUAGAGCACUUUUGCUUCGACCACUUUCAAGAAACAUUGGAAUGGAUUCUGCUGAACUUCCAAUUUGAAUCUGAUUUUUUUUU